AUGAUUCAAUCCUUUAUAUGCUAUGCACAGUUCAAGCAGAUGAAGCAACAAAAGGUUAUGCAGGAUAAACUCCGUCGCAGAGAGUACGAAAUUGGUCUGCUCAAAUCUGAACUGGCAGCUAAGAAGCGCGAUCUUUCUGCAGCUACUAAGCGGUUGUACAAACUAGAGACUGCAAUGGUAAGUAUUCAAAGUGCCGGAUCUGAAGUGGCGAAAGAAUGUGGCGGUAUGUGUGAAUAG